AUGCCUUACUUCAUACGAGUUGCUCCUAACGCUCUCCUAAGACUCGCUUCGCCCUCUCCAGAUUGUUUUGGCUCUGUUACGUGUCCGAUACCUUACAAACCAAAACGUCAGGACACGUCCUCGCUCAAAAUCAUUCUUCCCGCGCGCAGUAAACGCCUCGUCAAGCGUCGGCGGCGUUCCAAGCGCUCCGACUCAGAACUACCCUCAGUAGAAGAGUCACGAAGCCAGACAGACAAAAGUCAGGAUAAAUCAGACAAGCCGCGUCUGACCAUCAAAAUUAGGCCCUUGCAACACCCGAUUCCCGUUGCAGCGGAUCAUAACUCGGACGAUGAUAAUGCACAGGAGAACGAGGAGGAUAGCAGUUACGAGGAGGAUAGCAGUUACGAGGAGGAUAGCAGUUACGAGGAGAGUAGCGACGAUGAAUCGGCGUCGGAAUACUUACCUCCACUACUAUACGGUAAAGAUCGUUUGUACACAUGUGCAGUCACAUUGAACAUGUCAAAAGAAGUACGCGGCUCAAAUCGUGUUUUUAGCGUAGGAGAGCGGCGAGGAUUAGAGUGGAUUGACGAUGUGAAGGAGUUAGGGACUGAAGCCCGCGACAUGCUUCAAAAGUUCAGUCAAUAA